AUGGCUGUCCAGUCAACACUUCGAGAGGAUCCCCUCUUGACCCUCUAUCGCCAUUAUUCCGAUCUCGUACGCUCCAAAUUACGCCAUUCCUCCAAGACAACUCGCUUGGUAGCAACGGUAGCGCUCCUGUUCUCUAUCAUCACCUCGGGAUAUGGAGGCUACAGGUGGUUCCGGGGGAGAGUGAAGGAGCGAGCCCAGGGCCGCCGGCUGUUGCGGCGCAAUUCCGGGAUCCGGGGUAAAGACGGAUCCCGGACCAUCUAUGUACCAUACAAGGACUCCUUAACCUCAAAGGUCCGCAUCCAUCCAACCAAGCCGACGACCUUUGAUGCCCAUCGUCGCCUAUUCCUAAAUCCACCAGCCUCGGCUCGCAGCAAGAAUGACGGAUCGACGAACCAAAUCCCUCCACCCGCCACCAAGCCCGGCCUCAAUCUGGCGUUCUUACAUCAGUUCCUGAGUCUGGGCAGUAUAAUGGUCCCACGAUGGGGCAGCAAGGAGACGGGAUUGUUGAUGAGCCAUGGCCUCUUCCUCUUAUUGCGAACAUAUCUCUCCCUGCUGAUAGCACGCCUUGACGGUGAAAUUGUGAGGGAUUUGGUGGCAGGUAAAGGAAAAGCUUUCCUAUGGGGCAUCUUGAAGUGGUGUGGAAUUGGAACUCUUGCUUCAUACACGAAUGCGAUGAUCAAAUUCCUCCAGUCGAAGGUGUCCAUCGCCUUCCGAACCCGACUGACGAGGUACAUCCACGACUUGUAUCUCACUGACAAUAACAAUUAUUACAAAUUGAUGAACUUGGAUGGUGGAAUUGGUCAAGGUCCCGACCAGUUCAUCACACAAGACCUCACACUUUUCUGUACGGCUGCCGCAUCACUAUACUCCUCCAUGGGAAAGCCGUUGGUGGAUCUGUUUGUCUUUAACUAUCAGCUUUAUCGCUCUCUUGGUCCCCUCGCUUUGAGUGGCAUCCUAGCAGGAUAUUUCAGCACCGCCGUUGUACUGCGCAAACUAUCACCACCAUUUGGAAAGCUCAAGGCAGUCGAGGGCAAGAAAGAGGGAGACUUCCGUGGUCUACACUCUCGACUCCUCGCCAACGCCGAGGAGAUUUCUUUCUAUGGCGGAGCCGAAACCGAGCGAAUAUUCCUGGUCAGGAGCUUCAAGGAUCUACAGCGAUGGAUGGAAGGCAUCUAUAGCCUCAAGAUUCGCUAUAACAUGCUCGAAGAUAUGAUCUUGAAGUACUCCUGGUCCGCAUUUGGCUACCUCGUCACUUCACUGCCUAUCUUCCUCCCAGCUUGGGGUGGAUCUGGUGGUAAAAUGGAGCUGGCAGACGCCCCCGAAGGGAUGGGCCGUGAGCGUGGCCGCAUGAAGGAGUUCAUCACGAACAAACGUCUCAUGCUUUCCUUGGCCGAUGCCGGAGGUCGCAUGAUGUACAGUAUUAAGGACAUCUCAGAACUUGCUGGUUACACCUCUCGCGUCUACGGACUCAUUGCCACUUUGCACCGUGUCCACGCAGAUGCCUACUACGUCCCGCCAGGUGCUCAUCCCGAGUUCUACUCCCUCGCUGACUCUCAGGGUACCACCCACAACGGCUUCGAUGGAGUCCGCCUGGAGCAGGUUCCCAUCGUUGCGCCAUCUCUCUACCCAAUGGGAGGUGACGAGCUCAUCGAGUCUCUAUCAUUCAUCGUCCACUCAGGCGACCACCUUCUCAUCUCUGGGCCUAACGGUGUAGGCAAAUCUGCAAUUCCACGCAUCGUGGCUGGACUCUGGCCCGUCUACCGCGGACUUGUCAGCCGCCCUCGAGGAUUUGGCCUCGACGGCAUCAUGUUCCUUCCGCAGCGGCCAUACCUCAGCGUCGGCACCCUGCGCGACCAAGUUAUCUACCCGCAUACUGAAAUCGACAUGCGUGAAGCCGGCGAGUCUGACGCAGCACUGCAGAAGAUUCUCGAUGAUGCCCAUCUGGGCUACCUGCCAGAGCGUGAGGGUGGCUGGGACGCCCGCAAGGAGUGGAAAGACGUUCUCAGCGGCGGCGAAAAACAGCGCAUGGGCAUGGCUCGGCUCUUCUACCACGAGCCGCGAUAUGCGUUCAUGGACGAGGGCACUUCGGCCGUUUCAUCGGACGUUGAGGGCUUGCUGUAUGAUAAUGCCAAGGAGCGUGGGAUCACACUCAUCACCAUCUCGACGCGGGCGUCUUUGAAGAAGUAUCAUACUUUCAAUCUAACUCUCGGCCUUGGCGCUGAAGGCGAGGUCUGGGAGUUUGAGAGAAUUGGCACAGAGAAGGAGAAGCUUGGCGUUGAGCGCGAGCUGCAGGAGCUACGAAAGCGGCUAGAUAAUGUUGAUGAGUGGAAGAAGCGCCGUGAAGAAAUUGAUGCUGAGCUUCAGAAGGUUUGGGCGAACGGCGCUGAAGUUGCGCCGCCACCUUACCAGGUGGAGGAGUGUUCUGGCUCCGAGGAACUUGUUGAACGAAGCACAGAAUGA